AUGGAAACUAGACAACCGUAUUCCAAUGACGAAAUAUGCAAAAGAAGGUUCCAAAGGAGCAAACUGGAGGACGGUGAGAAGCCGAUGCAUAUCACAUUACAUGAUAAAACCAACAACUGUAAAAAUAGACCGUCGAAACCAAUGCUACUCGUCGUCGUGCUUGCAACCCUCAUCAUCAUCACCUGCUCCCUCUCCAAUCAUCGCCACGAUUACACCUACAUCUCCCAUGUUGUUUCAAGGUGGAAAUUGGGUGGAGGAGAAGAUCAAAGAUACGAGUCGUGUUUAGAAAUCAAUUGGCAAGAUAUAUCGAGUGUUAUCGAGAAUUUAUCCGGCAAAAACCGCAUGAUUCACGGGAUCGGAUUCUUGAACUUUAACAAGACCGAAAUCAGUGAUUGGAAGAGAAAGAUUUUAGUUACACCUCCUAACGAAAACGAUCAUAUCGUUCAUCUUCAUCUUGAUCCUGUCGAUAAAAACGUCACAUGGGAUUCGUUGUAUCCUGAAUGGAUCGAUGAAGAACAGGAAGAGGAAGUUCCAAGUUGUCCAAACUUCCCAAAGAUUGAAGUACCACGGAAAAGGCUCGAUCUUGUUGUGGUGAAGCUUCCAUGUCGAAAUGAGGGAAACUGGUCGAGAGAUGUCGCCAGGCUCCAUUUGCAGCUUGCCGCUGCCGGACUGGCGGCAACGGUAAGAGGAAACUUCCCGGUACACCUGCUUUUCGUCACCAAUUGUUUCCCUCUUCCGAAUCUGUUUCCCUGUACGGAACUAGUGGUUCGCCGGGGGAAUGCUUGGUUGUAUGAACCAAAUUUGAAGGUUUUGAGAGAAAAGAUUCAACUCCCAGUUGGAUCUUGUGAACUUGCAUUGCCUUUUAAACCUCGAGAGGGAGAGUAUAUCGGGAAUGUUCGACGGGAAGCGUAUGUGACAAUCCUACAUUCGGCUCAUGUUUACGUUUGCGGCGCAAUUGCUGCGGCACAAAGCAUUCGGAUGUCGGGUUCGACUCGAGAUCUUGUGAUACUUGUAGACGAGACGAUUAGUGAUUACCAUAGAAGUGGGCUCGAGUUGGCUGGAUGGAAGAUUCGCACAAUCCAAAGGAUACGAAACCCGAAAGCGGAGAAAAACGCAUACAACGAAUGGAAUUAUAGCAAGUUUCGUCUGUGGCAAUUGACGGACUACAAAAAGAUCAUCUUCAUCGAUGCGGAUAUGCUCAUCUUAAGAAACAUCGAUUUCUUAUUCGGGAUGUCGGAGAUCUCGGCCACCGGAAACAAUGGGACGCUAUUCAACUCCGGUGUGAUGGUCAUCGAGCCAUCGAAUUGUACGUUUAAGCUUUUGAUGGAUCAUAUCAACGAGAUAACAUCCUAUAACGGAGGUGAUCAGGGGUACCUAAACGAGAUCUUCACGUGGUGGCAUCGCAUUCCGAAAACCAUAAAUUUCCUGAAGAACUUCUGGAUCGGCGAUGACGAUGAAAUGAAAGAGAAAAAGACUCGGCUUUUCGGAGCGGACCCACCAGUGCUUUACGUUCUCCAUUACCUCGGGCUAAAACCGUGGUUGUGCUUUCGCGAUUACGACUGCAAUUGGAACUCGGAUAUAUUUCGAGAGUUUGCGAGUGAUGUGGCUCACGAGCAGUGGUGGAAGGUGCACGAUGCAAUGCCCACUCAGUUGCAUCAGUUCUGCUUCUUGGAAUCGAAGCAAAAAGCACAACUGGAGUGGGAUCGACGGGAAGCAGAGAAAGCAGGGUUUAGCGACAGGCAUUGGAAAGUGAAGAUAAAAGACCGGAGAUUGAAGAAAUGCAUCGAUAAUUUGUGUUCGUGGAAAGAGAUGCUGAAGCAUUGGGGCGAGACAAAUUGGACCGACGAUCAGAGUUUUAACCCAACACCGCCCGCGAUCAUGAAACUCGAGAUCAAUUGAUUAGUACUACUUAAGGUGAUCCAAUUUUUGGUAUAGUCUUUGAUUUUCAUAAUAAAACAUAACUUUAAUCAUGUAUGUUCAUAACACUUGGUACUUUUUUUUUAUCUAGUCUUUUGAUUUUUGUAAUAAAAUGUAAUUUUGAUUUUGU